UGUGCGAGCGAGCGCGAGCGCGGCCCGGGCUGGAGCGGGAGGCUGGUUGGUUUCGCAAUCGCUUUUCGCCGUCCGCCGGUUUCAACUCUUCGAAGUCAGGCGUCGGGGUCGCGCCGCAGUGGGGGCCUCGCUGGGUCCGCCUCGGGUGGAGGCCCCCUAGUUCACUAAUUGGAUAUACAAAGUAUUCAUUGUGGAUGAUCAUGUAAUAUCCUGAGAGUCAACUGGAAAAAGAGGUGGGUAUGAAAAUUUAUCACAGCAGCCACAGAGUUUGAAGUGAACACGAAGUUAAUGAAAAUGGUGCAUGUGAAGAUUUCUUGGCAGCUUAGUGUGGAAACUGUCGGUCACUUGCCUCUUCCUUCACCCCUUCUUUUUCUCCCUUCCCCCCAAUUUCUAACUCUGUUGUGGUUCAAGAAGAGCCUGUCCAAAUGAGCAAGACGUCCCAACAGAGCAGUACUGCAGGAGCUAAUGGAAUAAGUGUUAUUCACACACAAGCACAUACCAGUGGUUUACAGCAGGUUCCUCAAGUGGUACCAGUCAGCCCUGGGGGAGGAGGCAAAGCUGCACCUCCCAGCAAACAAAGCAAAAAAAGUUCAUCAAUGGAUAGGAACAGUGAUGAGUAUCGGCAGCGAAGAGAACGGAACAACAUGGCAGUGAAAAAGAGUCGGUUAAAAAGCAAGCAGAAAGCCCAGGAUACCUUGCAAAGGGUCAACCAGCUAAAAGAAGAGAAUGAACGCUUGGAAGCAAAAAUUAAACUGCUGACUAAGGAAUUAAGUGUACUUAAAGAUUUGUUUCUUGAGCACGCACACAAUCUGGCAGACAACGUACAGCCUAUGAGCACUGAAAGCACUACCCCAAAUCCUGAGAGCACGGGACAGUAGAGAGGACACGGCACAGUCUGGGGGAAUUGAACUCCAGAAGGUGUGACUGACUGAC